AUGACCAUGAAUAUAAUCUUCAUGAUUGCGGCCACCAUGGCCAUCGCCCUAACCAUCACCUUCACCUUCACAGAUAACACUCAUCAAGAAACAACGACGCUCACAGCUGGACCCCCUGGGCCACCAGAUGUAGUACUGAACCCAUGGCCUAAAAGGGUGAGUAGGUUCUUAGCCGAGAACAAGAACCCAAGAGCCGCGGAUCAUUGUAAGAAAGAUGAUGAGAUUUGCUACAUCCUAGAAGGCGGCAAAAACUUGACUUGUUGCAACAACAAGUGUAUGGAUUUAAGCGAGGAUAAACACAACUGCGGAGCAUGCAAGAACAAGUGCAAGUUUACGAGCUCGUGUUGCAGAGGGGAGUGUGUGAACUUGGCUUACGACAAGAGGCAUUGUGGGGUGUGCGGUAACAAGUGUAUGCCUGGUGGUUAUUGCAUUUACGGUCUCUGCAAUUAUGCUUAAUCAUAUCUCUAUUUCAGUUCGAUCA